AGCAGGGAAUGCAUUGCCAGUUUUCAAUUUACAACAGCCCUCGCGGUCCUUCCCCUCCCAACAACCACCGCGAAGAAAACUCAAGCAGAACCUUCAAAACCCUAAUCCCAAUUUUCGAUCCCAAGAUACCAUUUUGAUCUCACCGCAGUCUCCACGCCAUGGAUUCCUUCGCCGCUGCCACCUCCUUUUCGGGCGAGCAACUUCUCUCCUUCCCCACUCUUUCAAAACGAAAUAUUUUUCCUCAAACGAAAACCCUCCGCUUCCCCCUUCGCCGGACCUUCAACUCUAGGGUUUCCACUGUUUCGUUGGCAAAAGCUUCUUCUUCAGAAUCGAAACCGCUUCUCAUAGCUCGUAGAAUCAAAACAAUCGCCGCAGGGGCCGUCAUUUUUUCCGCCGCCACCGCCGGUUUGUUCUCCGGCAGGAAAUAUCCUGCUCUUGCCGAGCCCCCAACUUCAUCGGUGUCAGUGGAGAGUUCCGAUGUCGACGGCGAGGUACAACUCGAGAACAAGGCCACAAAGCUCGACGAGAUUUCCCCUCUCUCCUCACUCCGUUCUCAGCUGUAUCAGAAGCUGGAGGAAGGGGAGGAUAUGGAGGCUCUCACAAUCCUCCGCCGCCUAAUGUCGGAACAGCCAGCGGAGACCGAGUGGAAAUUCAUGGCGGCGAGGCUCCUGAACGAGAUGGGUUGGUUGGCCGACUCACGGAAGCUGUUGGAGGAAAUCCUUGCUUCCAAUCCCCUCUCUUUCGAAGCUCUCUUCCAGAAUGCUGUUCUGAUGGACCGCUGCGGCGAGGGAGACGCCGUCAUCGAGCGCCUCCAGCGCGCGCUGGAGCUCGCUCAAAUCGAGCACAAGGAAGCCGCAGCUCGUGACGUGCGCCUUAUAAUGGCGCAGAUUCAGUAUCUUCAGAGAAGGGUGGAGGAAGCUCUGUCCACCUACGACGAGCUCGCAAGGGAAGACCCUAAGGACUACCGCCCUUAUUUCUGCCAGGGGGUGAUCUAUACUCUGCUCGAUCGUAACAAGGAGGCCAGGGAGAAGUUUGCCAAGUACAACGAGCUCUCCGAUAAGAAGGGAGAGGUGAAUGCCUACUUGCAGUCGCCAUUGUCGAGGGUCAGACUCUUUGGAACUGGGGAUUCAGAGAUUUAAUGGCUGCAAUUUUUUGUCUUCCAGUUCAAAAUUGGAAUUUUGGAAGAAGAUGAAUAAGUUUCUGGGAGGUGAGGUGAGCUCCCUUGAACCAUAUGAUGAUUUGAAUGCUUUAUAGAGGGGAACUUUCUUGUUGUUACUAAUGUUAUGCAUAUUUACCGUAUGCAUAUGAUGAAAUUUCUGUCUUUUUUAUUUGCAUUUUCAUUUUGGUACUUGUAAUUGUUUCUUUGUUGUGAUGCAAAAUUAAGUCUUUUAUUGUUUGGU